CUUCACUGCCCCUGCCCAUCUCUGCCCCUGCCCAUCUCUUCCCCCGCCUGCCCCUUUGAACCUUGGACUUGGUAUACCUCCGCGUGGAGUUGUUGGACUAGAGGUGUUUUCUGUGCUGUGAACUUAGUGGGGAGCUGUAGCAGGAAGGGCUAGGUCCCUUCCUCCUUGGGCCGAGGGCCCCUUCCCCUUGGUGCUCUGUCCGGUUCACCUCCCUCCAACUGCUCCUGGGUUCUGCUCUGCCCCAGGUCAGCCACAGGCUGCUGGGAAGUGACGGGAAUGGGAAGGAGGGAGAAGCAAGCAGUGUGUGAGCCUCAGGAGCUUCCCCUCCCCACUCCCUUUUCCACCUGUUCCCCCCUGCUUGAGCCAUGGGCAUUGAUUGCGAGCUGAAAGGAUUUGCAGCUGUUGGCAUGAAAUCUCCUUCUCCCUGACCUGGGGAGGCGAGGACCAGCAGAUAAUCCCAUCCUUCCUUGAGCUGUUGCUGUACCCUGACACUCUCAGCCAGCUCAAAUUUUAUACAAAUGAAUUAAAAAUCUCCAAACGUGUGAUCUCUUUUUUGUGGAAUACGACAGGGAUGGCAGGAGUUUACAGUGGGGGCAGGGUGCUGAGGCUCUGGCUUCUCAGCCAAGAGCAUUAGGAAACCAAAUACCACCACGACCUGGCCGGAGUUUCUCCGGUGUGGAGUGUAGCGCGACGUUAUGUCGGUGGGUCGCCCUUUUCCGCGUAGGGAGGGUACCCCGGCCGCCCAUCAGCAGCCCGCUCGGCCCCGCCCAGUGGUGGGCGGGAUCUGCGCUGCUGACACCAAGCCUUCCGGAAGGGGCAGGCCGGGAGCCUCCGUGGCGGAAGUAACGACAUUAGUCUUCGAUACGCCGCUCAAGCCAUGCCAAGAGCAAGGUCCCGUGACGGGGCGGCUGCAGGAUCUCCCAGCAGGGCUCAGGAUGGCGGAGAGGACGACGGGGGCCUGCAGAAUGACACGUCUCACAUGUCAUUUGAGGAGCUGUUGGAAUUGCAGAGUCAAGUGGGGACUAAAGCCUACAAACAAUUGGUAACAGGAAGCAGGACUAAGAAGCAGAGUUCUAGACCACCUGUCCCAAAAGCAUGUGUUGCAGAUAAGCACAGGCCUCUGGAGAUGUCAGCCAAGGUCCGGGUGCCAUUUUUGCGACAGGUUGUCCCCGUCAGUAAGAAGGUAGCCCGGGACCCCCGCUUUGAUGAUCUGUCAGGGGAGUAUAAUCCUGAGGUGUUCGAUAAAACAUAUCAAUUCCUAGAUGACAUCCGAGCCAGAGAGAAAGAGCUGGUGAAAAAGCAGCUGAAGAAGCGCCGUUCAGGGGAGGAGCAUGAGAAACUACAGCAGCUGCUUCAGCGAAUGGAGCAGCAAGAAAUGGCACAGAAGGAGCGAAAGCGGCAGCAGGAGCUACACCUGGCCUUGAAGCAGGAGCGGCGGGCUCAGGCCCAGCAAGGCCAUCGGCCAUACUUCCUAAAGAAAUCUGAGCAGCGCCAGUUGGUCCUGGCUGAGAAGUUUAAGGAGCUGAAACGAAGCAAGAAGCUAGAGAGCUUCUUGAGUCGAAAGAGGCGCCGAAAUGCAGGCAAGGACAGACGGCAUCUCCCUUUGAGCAAAGAGUAGUAAGGAGCCGUGCUCAGCUCUGCUGCUGCCCCAGUGAGAAGUGCAUCUGUGGGGACACCUGUGGGCUUGGCCUGUUCUGGUUCUUUCCCAUUCAAGGGCGAGUGUCACAGCUGCCUUGGAACUCGACUAGCUCAGAGAUGACUCAAAGCCUCUUGGACUGCCUGAGGGCUGAAAAGGAAGAGCAGCUGAGCCUUCUGCCAUGCCACACUUCCUCUGCUUGCAUCUGGGUCAUCGUCCUUGUGUCCUUCUCCCAUCCUUGCCUUAAUGAUUCUGAUAUAGAAGGAAAAGGACCUUGAGGCUGGUUGAAGGCCAUAGAGUCUGUGAGUGGCUCCCAGGACUGGGACUUCAUGCAGGAGCCAGUUCAUAAACACUUCUGUGUCUCAUCUUUUUAUCCUGCUGCUUUUGUGGGUGGCCUAGAACUACUGUUUCAGGGGCCACAUGUGGGUGGGCAGUAAACCUAAGGGUCCUACAAAGUGGGAAGUCAGAUCAAAGCCCCUUCCUCCUUCAGCCCGACAGAUGACACCAUCAUUCAAAGAGGGACCCAAUCCCACAGCUCAUCUUCUUAGCUUUGGUUUUGGAUGCAAGGGGAGGUAGGAGGUGGGGACAGAAAGUGUCCCUGGUGAUAGGUAAGUGCAGCUGGCUCUCAGUAUUGUUUGGGUGGAGAAUUCAUACUGCCUGUGGACUGGGAUAUUUUCACGCUACAAGUCAGUUUAAAGUGGUCUCUGGUUGGGAGUGCCUCCAGGUACCUGGCAGAAGCAAAUGCAUUCCUCUCUCUUUUUAAAAUACUUACUUUGGUUGUGUUGGGUCUUAGUUGCUGUUCACAGGGUCUUUGUUUCAGCACGCAGAUUCUUAGUUGCAGUAUGCAGAAUCUUGUUUCCUGGCCAGGUCGAACUUGGGAGAGGGGAGUCUUAGCCCCUGGAUCACCAGGGAAUUCCCAAAAUGCAUUUCUUUCUUGAGGAUUGUACUUUAAACCCAGACUUCAAGGAAUUCCUCCAGAUAAAAUUUCAAGGAAUAUGAGCUUACAGUGAAAACAAGGUACAAAAGGAAAAAACAAGGCAUAAGUAAGAGUCAUUAGGAAUAACAGGCAACAGAACCAGACCAGCAAAGUCUGAGAGUUUGGAAAUGUAAAAUACAAAAAUAUAAAAUGUCUUAUUUAUGUUCAAAGAA